CAGGUCGUGUAAGUGUUUUUCAUCAUUGCUUGCAAACCGACGAUUACGUUAUUUGCAUCGAAAGAUAAAUUCAACAACCAACAAUGUCUGGAAGAGGCAAAACCGGAGGAAAGGCCCGCGCAAAGGCCAAGACCCGCAGCUCCCGCGCCGGUCUGCAGUUCCCUGUUGGCCGUGUUCACCGUCUCCUCCGCAAAGGUAAUUACGCUGAGAGAGUUGGUGCUGGAGCCCCCGUGUACCUGGCUGCCGUCCUGGAGUACCUGACUGCUGAGAUCUUGGAGUUGGCUGGUAACGCCGCCAGGGACAACAAGAAGACCCGUAUCAUUCCUCGUCACCUCCAGCUGGCUGUGCGCAACGACGAGGAGCUGAACAAACUGCUCGGAGGUGUGACCAUCGCCCAGGGUGGUGUGUUGCCCAACAUCCAGGCCGUCCUGCUGCCCAAGAAAACCGGCCAAACUGCACCGAGUUCCGGCAAGGCGGGAAAGAAGGCCUCCUCUCAGUCUCAGGAGUAUUAGCUUGUUGGCUAAUAACUUUACCACAAAGGCCCUUUUAAGGGCCACCCAUCUCAUUGAAAGAGCAACGUCCUUUGUUUGUUGCUAUCAUCAUGUUUGACUUUUCGCAUUGUUAAUUUAAUAAACGCUUGUUUUUGCUAA